AUGGCGUGCCUCCACCUCCUGUCCGUCGUCAGCGCCUCGCUGCUACUUUUCGCCGAGGCGAACCCCAGACGUGCGAAUGAACUCUUUGAGCGUACCACGUACGAUGUUGCCCUUGGCCAGGAUGGCGCGUGCCUCAGCGAGAUCGAUGCUGCUCGGGAAGCGGCUGGACUUCGCCCGUUCACGCGAGCAGAUUCAGCAGAUGAGGCAUUUCGGCUCCCCAACCCGAAAGAUAUUAACCGUUGGAAACAUGUAUGCGGCUCAUUGAUAUCACCAGAUGAGGCAGGAGAGACCGGCCGCAGCCAGUCCAAACACCUAAAAUUUAACAGCGGCACAUACGCUUUCAUGGUCCUGCCUUCCGCCUCACCAGACUGCAGUGCCACAGUGGACCAAUGGAAGGCAGCCUACAAGAACUUCGACGGACCCCCGCCAGCGAACUGCAGUACCCCUGCAUACGACAAUCAAGAUAACAUCUCAUUUUUGGCCCUGUACAACCCUUCAACCAGUGCUACUGCAGACUGCAGAGUCGUCACCUGCGUUGAACUGCACAACCAGCCGAUUGUGAACUUCAACACACAAACAAUUGAGAACAACUUGGAGCCUACAGGCAAUCAAGGCCAUGCCCUGAUUUGCAUGACGACGCCCGACGUAUUGGAGGCUCACAGAACUCAACCCUUCACGCAAGAACAAUGGGACAAGAUCGUAGGCUCUCUUGGCAGUUCUGCCUCGCCGCCCUUCCUCAGUCUGGCCACAGUCGUUGUGGCAGCUCUUAGCUUUCUCAUUGGAUGA